AUGGACGGCGGGAAUGGCCCAAUUAUAGAGUGUCCGAUAUGCUUGGGUGAACAGUCCCUGGCGAGCGUUCUGUCUCUUAAGUGUGGUCACUGUAUUUGUGCCAGCUGUGUCAGCCAAUGGGUCCAAACGAAGAUUCAAAAUCGAGAAUGUCGCAAAACAGCCGUCCCCUGCCCAGCAUGCAGAGAGCCAUUCAACGCAGAACGAGACCCGCGCCCCGUCUUCUUUAACCUCUCCUCCUCUUCCGACUCGAACCCCCGCUCCCCCAAACGUCGUCGCAUAUCUGCCGACUCGGACACCAUCGACCUUACUGGCGACGCUGGUCCCUCAUCUACCGACGCGAGGGAACGUCAUGCGCGGCAGGUCCAGGACCUUCAAAGUCGCAUACACAAACUCGAAACGAAGCUGGGCUUGGCGCGAAAUGGGGCAAAAGAUCUGGAGCAACAGCUACGAGAAAUCGCAAUCUCUCUCGGAAUCGAACAGCGCCAACGUGCCAACGAGGUGACGACCCUGAAGGAAAAGCUGGAGGAGAAACGCGGUCAGGUCCGCCUUGCCAAGCAGCGUCAGCAGGAGGCGGAGGAGGAAGCGAAGCGGACGACCGCCCGAGCAUCCAAAGCGGAUCAAGAUAGAACUUCUGCGCUGGAUGAGCUUCGAACGAAGGACGAAGAACUGAGAACAUGGCAGCAUCGAGUCACGACUUUCAAGUUAGAUGAAAAGAAGUGGAAGGCGAAGCACAAGGAUUCCGAUAGGGAAAUCCAGGAAUUGAGAGACGAAGUGACCAGACUCAAGGGCCAGCUCGCCGCCCCACCUGCAGCUGCCCCUCCGGAUGAAUCGCUGAUUGUUUCGGCACCAGACUACAACCAGUUACUGGGCGGCGCAUCCAGCGACCAAGGCGACGCGGACGAUCCGUUCGGCAUGGGCUUUGGGUGGGAAGUGGAGAAGACCUCAGUCGCCGAGCCGUCCGACUCGGAAGACGAGCUCAACAUCUCAAGUUCCUCGCAACCGCGGCCACCCAGCCCACGGCGACUAUCUUCCCCCGGCCCCGCCGCGCUCGAGAACCGGCCGCUCCCCGAUGACAGACGCCAGCCUCCGGCGGUCAACUUCCAAUCCGACUGGAAUCUUGCGCACGCAGCGCCUCAAGGCCGUGUCAAGAAGCAGAAGCACCAGGACGACGGAGAGCUGGUUCUCGGUGGGGGGUCUAGGGCGAAGGGCACGAUUCGGAAAGUGUCGAUGACGAAGAGCUCAGGUUCGAGCUCGAGGGCGAAGGCGAAGGCGAAGCAGACCGCCAAAAGGCCCGAAAAUCGGAUGGAGAAAGUGAUGGGCCGCGACAGCAAGGAAAACAAGCAACUCACGCUGCCGUAUCUCGGGCUGGCCGAUCCCAAAGGGAAGCCGUCUCGUAAUGUGGUCGUCGCGACCCGAGCGCCCAUCCGUGCUCACGCAGACUUGCGACGGACAUAGUUGGCUUAUCUCUUCUUGGCUUUUCCCCUCUUCCCCGUCCCUUACUCGCGUUUUAAUGUCAC